GCCCCGGGCUGGCAAGGGCAAAACAGCGCUUGCGCGCGCGGUCACGAUGAACCGUGAUGCCUCUGUGCCCAAGUACAGAUAGGACGGCGGUGGCGGGAGCGCGCGCGAGGAGUCAUCCUGACCUUUGCGUCCUGGUACUUCUGCGAACUUGUGGGCGUCCUGCUCCUCCAAAAAGCUCUGGGGCCUAGGAGCUGACGAACAGACCACAAUGAGCUGUAUGACAAAGAAUCUGCAGGAGGCCCUCAAGUUCCUAGGCAAGAGUUCGUGUUUUGACAGAGUUUUGGAAAAGAUGACUGUUGUCUCUGCUGUCCCUGGGAAAGUGAUCUGCGAAAUGAAAGUAGAGGAAGAGCAUACCAAUAAAAUGGGCACUCUCCAUGGUGGCAUGACAGCCACCUUAGUGGAUUGUGUAUCCACAUAUGCUCUGCUAUGCACAGAAAGGGGAGCACCUGGAGUUAGUGUGGACAUGAACAUAACGUACAUGUCACCUGCUAAAAUGGGAGAAGAUAUACUGAUUACAGCGCAUAUUCUGAAACAAGGAAAAACACUUGCAUUUGCCUCUGUGGAUCUGACAAACAAGGUCACAGGGAAAUUAAUAGCACAAGGCAGACACACAAAACACCUGGGAACAGCCUAAAGAAACCCAACAAUGAAUGUCCAGAGUAAACAUGACUUGAAUACAAUUUUCAAAAUAAAUCAGCACAAUCAAAAAGUAGGUUAAGAAUUAUUUGGGGAAAAAUGUCAUAGAAGUCAAGUGGAACAUAGGAGAGGGUUGUCUGUAUUCUUUCAUUUUUAAGCCUCUUUAGCUUUCAUUUGUAAUCAUACACCAUACUUGGAUGAGAACAUUCUUAGCUCAAGGUGUUUUGAAAACAAGUAAAGCAAAGCUAGCAGGGCUAUUUUGAGAUGAGAUUACCUUAAAACUAAAAUCCAAUAUUAAGCAAAAGGAGAAAUCUAAAUUAAUGGUUAAUCCUUACAGACUCUUUUAAGUUCUUCUCAACUCUUUUUUUUUGUUUUGGGGCCACAGGUUCCCAGGCUAGGGGUCAAAUCACAGCUGUGGCAGCCAGCCUAUACCACAGCCACAGCCACGCAGGAUCUGAGCCGCAUCUGCGACCUACACCACAGCUCACGGCAGCACCACAUCCUUAACUCACUGAGCAGAUCCUUAAUGAGGGAUCAAACCUGCAACCUUAUGGUUCCUAGUCGGAUUCGUUGCCACUGCACCAUGACGGGAACUCUGCCAUACUACGUAUUUUUAAACCCAAUUUCAAGAUUGUGGAACUUCAAAAUGGAGGAACCAUAGGCCCACUGGAGAAUAAAAGAGUAAUUCUCAACAAAGUUUGAGGCAAAGUACAUUUGUGAUAAAUAGUCCUGUGGGUGUGCUACUUUUCCCUGAUAGAGAAUUUAUUAUAGGACUUGCAUAAUUUAUAGUGGUGGUGAGGCAGAGCAUUCUGUUAGCCCCUUUCUAAUACUGAGGAUAAAUAAAACCACGAAGGUCUUGAA